CAUGAUUACAAAAAUAAUAAUGUAUAAUAAAAGUCUCCUCUACCUAGCUACCGUGGGAAAAUACUGUAGAGGGAGAUGACGUCAUUGUGACAGGGAAAUGGCUGAUGCUGGAAGCUGUGCCCUGGCGCAUCGUAUAGCCGGAAGGAGCGCACGUUUGUUGUAGGUUUCCUCUUCCAGAAAACACGUUCAAUAUGAUGCAUUAACCAGGCUGUCAUCAUAGCAUGAAGGCCCUGCUAUGGUGAAAUGUGGCAGCGAUGACUGAUGUUGAAUCAACAUAUGCAGACUUCAUAGCCUCAGGAAGAACUGGGCGACGGAACGCACUACACAACAUCCUGGGGAACUCCAGCGAUCUGGACUCCAGAGAAUUGUCCCUGAAGUUAACAGAGCUUGAGAUCAAUAAAGCAAGUGAGUCCUUCGUCAUUUCUGUCACAUUGGGGCUCACAAUUCAAUAAAGGCAGUUCAUUCAAACCUUCCCUCCAUUUUCAUUUGUCUCAUUUUAGAGUAAAUUCCCUAAAUGUAAAUCAAAAGUCAUAUUUUAAGAUAUGAUAAAUCAGCUUUCUAGCCAGAAAUGAUCAUGUCAUGUGAUUUUGGUAGGUUGAUUGGAGUUACCAAAUUGCCCAAAGGUGUGCAUGUGUGAGUGAAUGUGG